UCGGUCACACUUGAUCAAUGUUUACUUCUUUUCUACGAAAAAUCUGGGAAAAUUCGCGAACUAAAACGAAGCAAAUACCACAAGCAACUGGAUAAGAAGAAAUACAAACCGCACAAAUGUCGCUUCUGGAGCAAUACGAACAGCAGUACGCCUCGUUGAUAGCAGAAAUAACGGCCCAUAUUGGACGACUGCAGCAGCAAAACAACAAUAGCGAGCGUCAUGAUUUGUGCAGCAAGAUCGACUCCAGUUUGCCCGAGGCCCAGGAAUUGUUGGAGCAGAUGGGUCUGGAGGUAAGGGAGCUGAAUCCUGGGCAGCGUAGCAGCUUCAAUGGAAAACUGCAGGUGGCCCAGGCGGAACUGAAACGCCUGCAGACGGAGUACAGGAUGACCAAGGACAAGCAGCGCUCCCAAGCCAACGCAUUCACCACCUUGGAUUUGGGUGACAGCUACGAGGAUGUGUCCAUAAGCACAGAUCAACGCCAACGCCUUCUGGACAACUCGGAAAGGAUUGAACGGACGGGCAACCGGUUAACCGAAGGAUACAGAGUGGCUGUGGAAACGGAGCAACUGGGCGCCCAGGUCCUAAACGAUCUACAUCACCAAAGGGAAACUCUACAGGGCGCCAGGGCACGACUUCGAGAAACCAACGCCGAGCUGGGCAGAGCUUCCCGCACCCUGAACACCAUGAUGCUUAGAGCGCUGCGGGAGAAGGUGGUGCUGUAUGGAGUGGGUGUCUGCUUUGUGGUAGCCGUGGGCGUCAGUCUCUACUUGACCUUCGCACCCAGUUCCAGCAGCUCCGUCUCCUCGUAGUUAUUUUAGCUAGCAAACCAAAAACCACUGAUCUUAGCCCAAAUUCAAAUGGCGUAGAAGCCUGUCCAUUCCAAUUUCGUGAGUUGAUUAUUUAUUGUUUAGCAUAUGUUACUUUUACGAGAUAUUCUGUGGAAGAAAGCUGCAGACUACGCACUAAUCUAUAUACGAUAGGAUGGGGUAAUUGCAAUAAGAGUCGAGGCUCAGAGUAGUUAUCUGCGUUUGAGUAAUGAGUUAUCAAUGUCUAUAUGUAUAUGUUGCUGUCCUUUUACCUUUAAGAUUAUUUUGACUUCUUUGUUAAGCGAUAGAAUUCUUAUUACUUCCUAGUUCUUUGUUGUUAUACCCGAGAUCUUUCCACAGAUUACUAACCUAUCCUACGAGUGAACCCCAUCCUAGUUUACGUGUACAAAGUUUAAAUGGUUAAUGUUUGGCGCCUGGUUAAUAGAAACUAAACCUACUCUAUGACUCGUGUUCGCAUUCGGGACGUAUUUUUCGUAAAAAUUCGAAAUGAACAUGUAUCUAAAAAUCAUAACAUAGCCGAGAGCUGUCAAUAAAUAAAGGAAACAGUAAAAAUGCA